AUCCAUCUACCAACCUACAUGUAUUGACGAAGUGUUGGCACUCUCCAACUUGCCGGAUCUUGAAGCUGAUCGUCCCCGCAUGCCGAUCCUGUCCGAUUUACGUCGUCGUCCAUCACACGGAAGUCCCUUCCCUUCGCCGUCAAACGCGCAACAGUCAUGUCGGCCGACUCCCUACAUGCCUCCACCAACACGCAUUGCCUACAUUCCUGAUGCACACAUGCAUGAUGCAAGAGGAAGAAUACACUGGAAGGCUAGACGGGCGGCUGCUUGCCGCACGUGCUGCAGCCAAACGGUCCGUUGACCCUAAAAGAGGCGAUACAAGGGUUGUCAUUGGUCGCUUUGCUUCGACAGCGCCGCUUUGCGACAAUUGCGUCGCGACUGCUCUUGGCCUUUUCCGGCCACGCGCGUGCCGUCUAGCUUAUUAUUCAAGUUACUCCCGGUCGGGUUGUGCGCAAUCUCCUGCUUCUGACAUGAACAUCAACUUGCCCUCUCCUUCCUGCCAUUGGCCACCUGCAGCGCCGCACGAGAAUCAAUCUGUCCGGCCUCGUCUUGACUUCGCAACGCUCCACGAUUUCAGUCGGCCCUCCAUUCUCCAGCCGAUACGCGCUCACCUCGGACGCCGGGGCUCUUGGAACAGCCUCUGCCAAUCCUGCAGCGUCGUCACUUGCUACGAGCAGUGGCUCGGGAUCGAUCCCAUACGCACGCGCAUCGCUUUUCAUUCCUCCCUCCCCCGUCCCGUGCGGCGUGCGUGCGUCGCGAAAUCUGCCCCUCGUCAGCUGCGCCUUCUCCGCUUGUCACCGACUCCCAAACGACGGCACGGGCCCGGAUCUCGAAGCCGCCGAAUUUAACCUUUCGCGCCAACGCCCCGCUAACGUGUUUCCGCCCGGCGUGUGCGUCGAUCCGCCACCUGGAACUUUACCCGAUCGAUUCCUGCAUCCUGCACCUCCGCGUUUCCCUACCCAGAACACCUCCACUACACACC